GGCGGGGUUAUCCCGGCAUGCCGUGCGGCAGUAACGGCCAUGAGGCCCCGCCCCCCUCGCGGUGCUAACAUGGCGGAUCCCGCGCAGCUCCCGGUCACCCCGAGCCGGCACGAGAAGAGUCUGGGGCUCCUCACCAGCAAGUUCGUGUCCCUCCUGCAGGAGGCGGAGGACGGGGUGCUCGACCUCAAGGCGGCUGCUGACACACUCGCUGUACGACAGAAACGACGCAUUUAUGACAUCACCAAUGUCCUAGAAGGGAUUGGACUCAUUGAGAAGAAAUCCAAGAACAGUAUUCAAUGGAAAGGGGUUGGGCCAGGGUGCAACACGAGGGAAAUUGCAGAUAAACUGAUUGAUCUGAAAGCUGAGCUUGCAGACCUGGAACAACGAGAACAAGAAUUGGACCAGCAGCGAGUGUGGGUCCAGCAGAGCAUUCGAAAUGUGACGGACGAUGUACAGAAUACUGGGCUAGCUUAUCUUACGCACGAGGAUAUCUGCUGCUGUUUCAGAGGCGACACCUUACUUGCCAUACGGGCCCCAUCGGGGACAUGCCUGGAGGUCCCAAUUCCUGAGGGUGUGAAUGGGCAGAAGAAAUUUCAGAUACAUCUGAAAAGUUCCACUGGACCAAUUGAGGUGCUUCUUGUUAAUAAAGAUACUUCCAGCUCUCCACCUGUAGUUGUCCCUGUUCCACCCCCAGAAGAUUUAAUCCAGCCACCUUCUGCAGUAAGACCAGCGCUGACACAGCAGCAUGAUGUAUCUACUGAGGCCAUCACAGAAUCCAGAGACUGCCCUGCAAACCAAAACAGCCUGGACAAUGCUCCACCAAGUCGUCUUGUAAAUGUCGAUACCUGCCCUCUGCAGUCCUCUGCCUCACUGGAUAACAGUGCUGACCUGCCAAAUUCUUCUACCUCAUUCCAGCCAAUAAAAUCUGACCCGGCAGAUGUAUUGGAAUUUCCCACAGAACUGUCUGAAUUCUUUGAUCCGUCUAAAGAAUGCAUAACAUCUGACCUGUUGGAAGAGCUUAUGUCUUCAGAAGUGUUUGCUCCUCUACUCAGACUGUCCCCUCCACCUGGGGAUCAUGAUUACGUAUACAACUUGGAUGACAGUGAAGGAGUUUGUGACCUCUUUGACGUCCCAAUCAACCUCUGAUCUUCGAACUUGGCCUUGUGCCUUUUUGUGAAUAUGGACAUUUUGGGUUAUUGAUGAAGAAAUGUGUCUAUUUUUGGAUUCCUGUUUAUCAGAACUAAGAGCAGAGAUGCACCUUGAUCUAUGGAGCCGGAGUUCCUUUGGGUUGUGAGACAUUAGGGACUCUGUACAAGCAAAGGCGGGAGAGAGCUGCCAUUCCUCUCACUCUGUCUACCCUGAGGUGCGCCAAUCCAGUGGUGGAUUAAAAGGAGGGAGGUGACAUCACUGCCAAGUACCUCCCACUCAGUGCAAGUAGAGUGGAUGUUGUUAUUAGGAAUAUGUUAAUAUGAAAUUAUUUUUAUACUUAUCUUCUUGCUGCGUAUGUUCCUUUUUAACUUUUUAUGGACAUAAUAAAUUCAUCUUUUGCCAGUAGCACUUUAGGGAAGUAAACGCUGUGCCCCGGUGCUGCUGUGUGCGUCUUU